GAGAGCGGAUAUAGUGAAUGCAGGGUCCGGGGGAGACCAGAUAUAGUGAAUGCAGGGUCCAGGGAGACCGGAUAUAGUGAAUGCAGGGUCUGGGGAGACCAGAUAUAGUGAAUGCAGGGUCCGGGGAGAGCAGAUAUAGUGAAUGCGGGGUCCGGGGAGAGCAGAUAUAGUGAAUGCAGGGUCCGGGGAGAGCAGAUAUAGUGAAUGCAGGGUCGGGGAGAGCAGAUAUAGUGAAUGUAGGGUCCGGGGAGACCAGAUAUAGUGAAUGCAGGGUCCAGGAGACCGGAUAUAGUGAAUGCAGGGGUCCGGGGAGAGCAGAUAUAGUGAAUGCAGGGUCCGGGGAGACCAGAUAUAGUGAAUGCAGGGUCCGGGGAGACCGGAUAUAGUGAAUACAGGGUCCGGGGAGACCACAUAUAGUGAAUGCAGGGUCCAGGGAGAGCGAAUAUAGUGAAUGCAGGGUCCAGGGAGACUGGAUAUAGUGAACGCAGGUUCCGGG